ACUUUUAGAAUAAAAUGUCCAAAUAUUUUCGUCGUGGCAGCAGAUCUAGUAUGGUCGUCCUUGGAGGAUCAUCCCAUCCAGAGUUGACUGCUCAGAUAGCUAGGAAGGUUGGAGUUAAGACAGGACGGGUUCAGCUUGGGAAAUUCAAGAAUAAUGAAACUCAGGUUGAGCUUUACGACAAUGUCAGAGACAGGGAUAUUUAUAUAAUCCAGACUGGAGGUGUGAACAGUAAUGAUGCUAUUAUUGAACUGCUUUUAAUAAUAAACUCCUGUAAGCUUGCUUCUGCUGCUACAAUAACAGUAAUUACUCCAUACUAUCCGUAUUCAAAGGGGGAUCAAAAAUCUUCUCUAAGAUCUCCUAUUACCUCGAAGCUGCUGGCCAACAUGUUACAGAACGCCGGGGCGGAGCAUAUCAUGAUGCUGGACCCACAUUCACCUCAACUAGUUGGAUUCUUUGAUCUUCCUGUUGAUUCACUCAAGGUUGAGCCUCUGUUUUGUACUUGGAUAAAGAAUCAUAUCCCGAACUGGAAGAAUUGUAUUGUCGUUGCCCCUGAUGAGGGAGGUGCUAAACGAUCUGUUAUGAUUGCAAACUUUCUUGAACUGGAGUUUGCAAUGAUCCACAACCGCUACAAGAACUCUCUUCAGACCAGGAAGAUUUCCAAUGGUGAAUCUUCUAAAAGCACGAGUCCUACAAGAUCUAGCUCAUCUCCAGACCUGGAAGACGCCACAGACAGUAUUGUUCAUCUCUCUGGAAUAGAACCACCUGAGAACUUGCAAUUGACUCCAGUUAUGGUAGAUCGUCUGCUUAAGAUCUCUGGAGAGGUAAAAGGGUUCGAUUGUAUCCUGGUUGAUGAUAUGAUAGAUACUGGAGCAACUAUACGUCUUGCUCUGGAGGUUCUACAAUCCCAUGGAGCAGGGAGGGUUUAUGUGUUUGCUGCACAUGGUUUGUUCUCUGGAGAUGCCAAGGAUAUCCUGUGUGAAGCAGACAACCUGGAUAAGGUUAUUGUCACCAACUCAGUACCUCAGACUAAGAAUAAGGAGAUUAUGGGAUCAAUUCUUGAUGUCGUGGAUAUAUCAGGUUUAAUAUCAGAGUAUAUUCGUCGCUGUCAUUACAACGAGAGUGUGAGUGUUCUCACAGAUGUCGGGACUGAGUUUGAUACAAAGGACGAGUUUUUGCGUUCUGUAGUGGCGGCAGGACGAGCAGAAGCAGGGGCAAAGGACGGACGAGUUAAUAACCAGAGAAACCGACCUUUAGGACGAGUAAAGAGAGGAUAUCGGCUUGAGUCCGUUUGUUGGGACGAUGCUAUUUAGAUCUGAGAAAUAGAAAAAUUCAACUUUUAUGCAUUUUGUGUGAUAUUGAGGAUUAGGUUUUCAUGCAUUAAAUUAUUCUAUAAUAUG